UUCCGGGAACCGGCCGGGCCGGGGCGGGGCGAGGGAGAGGGGCGGCCCCGCGGAUCACUGAGGCUGUGGCGGCACUGCGCCCGGCGCUCGCGUCCGUCCGUCCGUCCGCCCGCCCAGCCAUGACUGCGCCGGUCCCCGCGCCGCGGAUCCUGUUGCUGUUGCUGCUGCUGCUACCGCCGCCUCCGGGUGCGCGUUGUGAGGUGUGUAUGGCUUCCCGUGGACUCAGCCUCUUCCCCGAGUCCUGUCCAGAUUUCUGCUGUGGUACCUGUCAUGACCAAUACUGCUGCUCUGAUGUGCUGAAGAAAUUUGUGUGGACCGAGAAAAGGUGUGCUGUGCCUGAGGCCAGUGUGCCUGCCAGUGUAGAGCCGGUGGAGCAGCUGGGCUCGGCACUGAGGUUUCGCCCUGGCUACAACGACCCCAUGUCAGGGUUCGGAGCGACCUUGGCCGUUGGCCUGACCAUCUUUGUGCUGUCUGUUGUCACCAUCAUCAUCUGCUUCACCUGCUCCUGCUGCUGCCUGUACAAGACGUGCCGCCGACCACGUCCGAUUGUCACCACCACCACAUCCACCACUGUGGUGCAUGCCCCUUAUCCUCAGCCUCCAAGUGUGCCGCCCAGCUACCCUGGACCAAGCUACCAGGGCUACCACACCAUGCCGCCUCAGCCAGGGAUGCCAGCAGCACCCUACCCAAUGCAGUACCCACCACCUUACCCAGCCCAGCCCAUGGGCCCACCGGCCUACCACGAGACCCUGGCUGGAGGAGCAGCUGCACCCUACCCCGCCAGCCAGCCUCCUUACAACCCGGCCUACAUGGAUGCCCCGAAGGCGGCCCUCUGAGCAUUCCCCGGCCUCUCUGGCUGCCACUUGGUUAUGUUGUGUGUGUGUGUGAGUGGUGUGCAGGCACGGUUCCUUACACCCCAUGCGUGCUGUGUGUGUCCUGCCUGUAUAUGUGGCUUCCUCUGAUGCUGACGAGGUGGGGAACGAUCCUUGCAAGAGUGGGCUGGGACCAGACUUUGUUCUCUUCUUCACCUGAAAUUAUGCUUCCUAAAAUCUCAAGCCAAACUCAAAGAAUGGGGUGGUGGGGGCACCCUGUGUGUGAGGUGGCCCCUGAGAGGUGGGGGGCUCUCCAGGGCACAUCUGGAGUUCUUCUCCAGCUUACCCUAGGGUGAUCAAGUAUGGCCUGUCACACCAGGAUGGCGCAGCUUUCUGUAUGAUGCAGAUGUGUCCUGGUUUCGGCAGCGUAGCCAGCUGCUGCUUGAGGCCAUGGCUUGUCCCCAGAGUUGGGGGUACCCUUUGCAGAGCCAGAGACAUGAUGCAGGUGAAGCUUGGGAUCUGACCAAGUUGGGCUUUGAUCCUUUGGGCAGGUGUCUCAUUGCUCCCUGGAGCCUGUGUCAUGCCUGUUGGGGAUCAGGCAGCCUCCUGAUGCCAGAACACCUCAGGCAGAGCCCUACUCAGCUGAUAGCUGCCUGCCUGGACUGUCCCGUCCCUGCAUCUCCCCUGGGACCAGCUGGAGGGCCACAUGCACACACAGCCUAGCUGCCCCCAGGGAGCUCUGCUGCCCUUGUUGGCCCUGCCCUUCCCACAGGUGAGCAGGGCUCCUGUCCACCAGCACACUCAGGUCUCUUCCCUGCAGUGUUUUCAUUUUAUUUUAGCCAAACUUUUUGCCUGUUUUCUGUUUUAAAACAUGAUAGUAUGAGACUGAAACCCCUGGGUUGUGGAGGGAAAUUGGCUCAGAGAUGGACAACCUGGCAACUGUUGAGUCCCUGCUUCCCCUGACACCAGCCUCAUGGAAUAUGCAACUCCUGUACACCCCAGUCCAGGGUGUUCUGGCAGCAGGGACACCUGGGCCAACGGGCCAUCUGGACCAAAGGUGGGGUGUGGGGCCCUGGAUGGCAGCUCUGGCCCAGACAUGAAUACCUCGGUGUUCCUCCUCCAUUACUGUUUCACCAGAGCUGUCUUAGCUCACAUCUGUUGUGUUUCUGAGUGUAGGGUCUGUACACUUGUUUAUAAUAAAUGCAAUCGUUUGGA